UUCUCUCCUGGUGCUCUUUCUUAGCCGCUUCGGUUCAAGGUCGGAUCUUUGUACUCAGAUAUAAACCAACUGUCACUUCACAAUAUCUGAUUUCGCUAAUAAAAAGCAUCAACCUUUCCUCUGCAUCUUUCUCUCUCUCUCUCUCUCUCCCUCCGCUAAGAAAAGCAUCAAGCUUUGUCGGUUUGUGCUGAGAUGGAGACGAUCACAACAGAGAAGGAGUAUAUGUGCAAGUUCUGUAACAAGAAGUUCCCUUCCGGUAAAUCACUCGGAGGUCACAUCAGGAUCCAUACCUCACUUCAUUCGAAUAGUAACAGUGGAAAGAAACCUAAGAAGAAGAAGAACAAGAAGAAGAGGUUGGUGGAUCAGAGAGAGAUCACGGCUCUAAAACAACAUCAACUCUGUUGCAGGGAAUGUGGUGAAGUUUUUGAUUCUUUGAAAGAUCUUUGGAGUCACAUGGAUUGUUGUCACUGCGAGGGAGAGAAGUUGGUUAUGGAUACUGAGACUACUACUUCCUCAGGUUCUACCAGGAAAAGAUCCAAGAAGCAGUUCAGUUCAGAGUCUUUUAGCUCGUCUACUUCUUCUGCUUGUGAGAUUGACCAAGAACAUAGGAACACUGCUUUGUCUCUCAUGAUGUUGUCUAUGGAUCCUAGAGGACUUACCUUGGUGUUGAACUCUCUGGUGACUGAGUUGCCACACAACUCUGAGAUUCUCGAGACCAAGUUAUCUUCAGGGGAGCAGCUAAAGAUGAUCUUCAAUGUUGCCGUCGACGACCAGCUAAGGUCUGCUGCUGCUGGUGCAAUUCUCACUGACUCGUAUAGCUCUGACUCUGAUUACUUCAUGAAUGGUCCAAAGCGGUCAGACUCGGAUAUCUCGGUUGAUGGGUGUCUUAGGAACAAUGGUGAUGACGAUUUUGAGGCCAAGGAGGGAAGGUCACAGUACGAGCUACGCAAUAGCAAAAAUGUGGCCUUGCCUUGUAAUGAAACUGACUCUUGUGCAGACACAAACAGGAAGGAAGCUAUCAGUGCAAAGAAGAAUAGCAAAGGUCACGAGUGCCCAAUCUGCUUCAGGGUGUUUAAAUCAGGACCAGCUUUAGGAGGUCACAAGAGAUCACAUUUCAUUGGAAAUCAAGAACACAGGAUCAAACACAAAGCGGCAGCUGAUAUGGGAAUCGAUCUCAAUCUUCCUGCUCAGGAUAUUUGAAGAAGAAUGAAUCAAUAAUUUUUUGUUUGUUCAUACAAAGCUUUCAUGUUUCUUAAUGAGAUUCUUCUUGUCUUCAACAUUUAAGUUUUUUUUUUGCUCCA